AUGACCCCGCCGAAUCGACAGCGGAACCCAGCUCUGGCUUCUCGGCCUGGCCGCUUGAAACUGAGUGUGCUUGAAGAUACUAUCAGGCAGGCUUCGGGUCGUUCACGGUCACCCACAAGUCUUAGUCCUAUUUCCAAAGAUCGAUCAAGGCGCCGAAGUAGUCCAUCUGUUGUCUCCCAUGCUGCCGAAUCAAUUCGUCGACGAAGCAGAAGUGGAGGACAAUUGAAUAGUUUGUCUUUCACAGACCCGUCUAUACAACUCCAAACACAACCUUCGCAGUCAUUUUCGCCUUUGUUGUCUCCGCAGGAAUCUUCACCAUUUCCUCCAUUUUCUUUUGAAGAGCCCGUCAUUUUCACCGACGAUGAGCCGCCGAGCCAAGGACAGUCUCCUGUUGCACAGCCUUCCGGGCAUAACUUAAACUGGCAACUCGCUGCACAGCCUCUUCAGACUCUUUCAAGGGCUCAGUCAGCGAAAGUCAAGGACGGUCAAAUGAUUCGAAUUACUGUCAAAACACAGACAACUGAAGUGCCUUGCAUCGCGAAAUGCUAUCUCAACCGUGCGUCAAGUGUCGUUGAUAACGAUUUUGCUCGUAACUGGGGUGUCAAAAUACAUCCUGUUCCCAAAACACGAUGGAAGGAUGCUAAACACUGGUGCGUGCUGGACGUAAUUGAUGUGGAAACGGUUGGAAGUAUGCAGCAGCAAUUGCGUAUUCGUUUGGGGAAACUCCCGGAUCAGCGGUUCAGUAUUGAGCUGGGCUUUGAUGCCCUCAAGUCUCUUCGCCUGGUUGAUGAAGUUGAAGCAGUCUCGCCGCUCUCAAGAUCUGCACCUCCCAGCCAAUAUCCAUCAUGGGCCGACUUCAGCCCUUCCUCUUAUAUGCAGCCGCAGCCGCAGCAAGAACAGUUUCAAGAUGCUCUUGGACAAUACGCUUUUACGUCUCCGGUACCACAACAAUUCAAUGCUGGUCGUAACCGAGCGUUAACAGAACCUUCAGUGAUACCGGUGAUCAGAGUAGAUACUUCUUUUGUCAACUCAUUGCCAGUCCCUAUGCCACUUUGCGACUCAGGGUCUGGCGAAGACUCUAGUUCACCAUGGGAUGCUCUAUCUCUGGCAUCUCAGUCAUUUCAAGAUGACGAAAGAAGUGUUUGGAGCCCAGCGAUUUCUGAGUGUGGAGGGCAUUCCUCGUCUUACGAUACCUGUAUGAAAUGA